GAGAGAGAGAGAGAGAGAGAGAGAGAGAGGAUUGUGUUUGUUUGUGUAUCUCUCGCUAUAUGCGUAUAAUAAUGUUACUCUUUCUCUCCGAAAGGAUUAAAAGGUGUUGAUUGCCCUUUUGGAAAGGUAUAUUAUUAUUGUCGCAUGCCACUCCUCUAUCUCCAUGCCUAUAGAAAGGGAGGAGGAGCGAAGAGCAAUUCAGUAGUUGAGUGUGAAAGAGAUCUAGCUAGAGAUCAUGGGGAACAACGGGGAUCCUUCCUCUUCUACGUCCCAUGAUCACCACCACCAUUUCCGAUCCUACCAACAAGAAGAAGAUCAUGAGCAGGUAUUCCUACAACAACAUCAGCAACAGCAACAACAGCAGCAGCAGCAGCAGCAACAGUUUGCUGCCGCUCUUGACUCCACAAAUAACAAUACCAACACAAUUACCGGACACGGCGGAGGCAUAGAAGGCGGUGGUGGCGGUGGCGGUGGCGAAGGCGAAGGGUUCGCGUGGUCGAUUCCUUCUAUGCAUCACCAUCAUCAUCAUCAUCAAAUAAGUUCCUUUCAAAACCCGUUAUUCCAUUCACUCCCACCGCUACCGCCGCCGCCGCCGCCGCCGCCUCCUCCCCCUCCGCCGCCCCCUACGUUCUACGGAGACCUCUAUGCAAGAAGGGCAUCCGCCGCCUUACAAUUCGCUUACGACGGAGGCGGCAUCGGAUCAUCGUCAUCGGAUCCCUUCGGACUAGCGGGGCUCUACAUGGGACCGGAGGCGCUGGUCCGCACCGGGGGGUUGGUGUCGUCGUCGUCGUCGCCGUUCAACAUCGGGCUCCAUCGGGAGCUGGGGAAGAUGACGGCGCAGGAGAUCAUGGACGCCAAGGCGUUGGCCGCUUCCAAGAGCCACAGCGAAGCCGAGCGGCGGCGGCGCGAGCGAAUCAACGCGCACCUCGCCAAGCUGCGCAGCCUCCUCCCCAGCACCACCAAAACGGACAAGGCGUCGUUGCUUGCGGAGGUGAUCCAGCACGUCAAGGAGCUGAAGCGGCAGAUGUCGGAGAUCGCGGAGGAGAGCGCGCCGCUGCCGACGGAGUCCGACGAGCUGUCCGUCGACGCCGCCAGCGACGACGAAGGGAAGCUCGUCGUCCGCGCCUCGCUCUGCUGCGACGACCGCUCCGACCUCCUCCCGGACCUCAUCAAGACCCUCAAGGCCCUCCGCCUCCGCACCCUCAAGGCCGAGAUCACCACCCUCGGCGGCCGCGUCAAGAACGUCCUCGUCGUCACCGGCGACACCGACACCGACAACGACAACGACAACGACAGCGCCGCCUCCGCCUCCGCCUCCGCCUCCGCCGCCGACGACCCCCAGCCACCGCCGCCGCCGCCGCAGCAGCAGUCUCUCGCCUCAAUUCAGGAUGCGCUCCGGGCCGUCAUGGAGCACCGCGCAGCCUCGGCCGAGGAGACGACGUCGGCGGGCGGCGGAGUCAAGCGGCAGCGCACGACAAACCUCUCCAGCAUACUCGAGCACAGGUCCAUCUAAACUAACACAAAUUAAACACUAUCAUCGAUCAUAAGCUCUUACAUAUAUAUAUAUAUAUAUAGUAACCAACCAUAUAUAAAUUGCAAACAACUAUGUUCCUUGCUCUUGCCAUUUAAGUGUUUGGGCCAAUAUUUAAUUUAUAUA